UCAUCUGGGGGGGAAGGGUGCAGCGGUUAAAUCCCUCCCCGGAUUUGGCCAACACGCACGCAUCUCGUCUGCUUGUAAACAGAAGCUGACACGUGACACUGAGAGCGGAGCUGCGAGACCGCAUUGUUUGCAAGCGGACAAAGAGCGACACACUGAACCCGGACAGGUGAGCGGACAGGUGUCAUGACAACCGACGAUAUCGCCGCCAAAAUGAAGCCGAGCUCUCCAUUUCGGUUACACGGCUGUGUCCGACGAACUUCUCCAUGUCUGACUCCCAAAUCCGACCGUUUGGAGGGAUAACGACGUCAGCUGCGCUCUCGCACGCUCGCACGCAACUGGCGGCGUGUAAACAAAGCUGGGAGUCCUUUGUUUCUCAUUACAGUUUAGUCCGUUAGUUCGUCUACGCCAAGUUUUACUUUUCUAGCUGGCGGCUAACGUUAGCCAAGUGGUAGCUAGCUGUAGCCUUUAGCCUCGACACAGAGGAGGUUUUUCUAGCUAACGUUAAUCCACGUAUCUGUUUUACUGGCUGGAUGAGAUGUCAUUCACCAUGGAGGAUCACUUGGAGUCCGGCUGGGUGUCCGUCCGGCCCAAAGUCUUCGAUGAAAAAGAGAGGCACAAAUUUGCUUUCAUCGUGGCCUGGAACGACAUCGAGGGAAAGUUCGCCAUAACCUGCCACAACCGAACUGUUCAGAGACGGAGCACUUUUCUGGACCCGCUCCUCGACUGUAACCCCUCCGCUACGCUUCCUGCCUCCGAUGCCUCCGUGGCAGAAAAACAAACAAAAAGUUCAGGCACGACGAGGAACGAUGCGGGUAAAAUUAGACCACAUUCCAUCCCCAAAGGAAAACCCGCAACGAAGAGUGUUGUUGGAGAUAAGAAGGGUUUAAAAGCCGGUAGUCCAAAGACAUUAGAGUGCGUCAGUCACGCAUUAGAGUCCUGGGAUAUUGUGACACCCAAAGUAAUAGACAUCGAGAUCCUGGACCCCGUAGAUGUCCUGCUCUCUCCAGAUGAUGCAGACCCAGGGGAUGGUGAGUCCAGCGGCCGUGAGGACUUUAGCUGGGCCGGGUUGUUCUCCUUCCAGGACCUGAAGGCAGUCCACCUCCAGCUGUGCGCCGUUAACUCGGAUCUGGAGCCGUGUUUACCCUCAUUCCCGGAGGUGCAGUCCGGCGUGUGGACGGUGCUCUUCGGUGCCCCCGGGCUGUCGCAGCGGGAGACGGACGCCUUGUGCUACCAGCUGCAGGUGUACCUGGGUCAUGCCCUGGACACCUGCGGCUGGAAGAUCCUCUCACAGGUGCUUUUCUCGGAGAGCGACGACGCGGAGUACUACGAGAGCCUGAGUGAGCUGAGGCAGAAAGGCCAUGAAGAUGCGCUGGAGCGGGCCAAACGACGCAUGCAGGAGGUGUUGGACAAGCACAAAGCCAUGGACAGCAUGGUGGAGCUGCUGCAGGUGUACCCCGAGGAGGACGGGGCGUAUGGAGAGCUGCUGGAGGCAACGACUCAGCUGUACCACUUUCUGCUUCAGCCUUUCAGGGACAUGAGAGAACUGGCAAUGUUGCGUAGACAGCAGAUUAAGAUCUCUCUGGAGACGGAGCGUCUGGGUCCUCGUCGGGUGGAGAGCCUGAGGAAGGAGGAUGAGGAGUGGGAGAAGAAAGCUCACGCUGCCGUACUGUCCAUACAGGACCUGACUGUCAAGUUCUUUGAAACCACAACUAGAGCGCAGAAAGCUCUAUAUGAGCGUAUGCGUGCUGACCAGAGGAAGUUUGGCAAGUCGGCAUGGACGGCAGCAGUUGAACGCAUGGAGCGGCUGCAGUAUGCCGUGUCCAAAGAAACUCUUCAGUUGAUGAGGGCCAAAGAAAUCUGUCUGGAGCAGAAGAAACAUGGCUUGAAGGAGGAGAUGCAGAGUCUGCAAGGUGGGGAGGACGCCAUACUGCGUCUGGACCAGCUGGAGGCGCUGUACUAUGAGUUACAGCUGCAGCUGUAUGAUAUCCAGGCUGAGGUGCUGCGCUGUGAGGAGCUGCUGCUCACUGCCCAGCUGCAGAGUCUCCGUAGGCAGAUGACAGAGCGACAGGAUGAGGUGGUGUACUAUGAUGCUUUUGAGAGCCCUGAUGCCAUGAAGGGCGUAGAAGAGCCCACAACCCCCCCAUCCCCCAUCAGAGAUGAAGAACUGAGCGUCUUACAGCUGAGGACACGGCAGCUCGAGGCCCGCAGGGGUCGCAUCACUGCUAAGAAAGUCUACCUCAAAAACAAGAAGGUACAGGGAGCAUGACGCUGGUAGUUGUUGUGGUCGAAGAACAUCUCUGAAACGUGUAGCUGUCUUUGAUAAUAUAUUGAGUUCUGUUCUGGUCUC